AUGGAUGCUCAUAGUGCCUAUCAGUUUAAGGACAAUUUAAUAAUAAACAUUAUCAGGACUAACGAUGUGAAGAGACGCUUUUACAGUUACACGGAAUACGUUCUUGAGUUUAAAGCUCUGAAAAAUCAAAAGAUUUUGAAAAAGAGAUUCUCAGACUUUGUCACGUUUUACGAACAACUGAAGAAUGAGCUGCUUGAAAAGUUUAGCGAAUAUCUGGAGCAGAUCUCUGUUUUACCAUCAAAAAAAGUAUUCGGUCGUUUGAACUACAACUUUGUGGAAGAGAGGAGACAAAAACUGGAACUAUUCCUGAAGCAGAUUUCAAAUCACAAGAACGUGUAUCUAUGUGAUAAAUUUUAUGAGUUCCUAUGUUUAGAUAACAUAACAAAAUAUCUGUUUAAGUUGAUGUGUUCCGAAUUGAAUGACAUAAUAAACAUCCAAAAAUUACUAAAAAAAAUUAAUUACAUUUUGUUCAUGUCAAGAAACAAUACGUUAAAAAGUGCAGAGUGUGACAUUAUAAAUUUCCUUUUUUAUCUUAAAAAGAAUCUAAAGUUAAACAAUGAAAUUAAGUUUUUUAUUUUAAACAUUUUCCUCCACCAUUUGACGUAUACGAAGAUUCCAGAAAACUUGCUGAACGUGCCUUUGAUGAAAUUCGCCUUUGAAAUUAUUCACGAGAAUUUACAAGGGGAAACGAUAAAUGAAAUGCUUCUGAAGACCUCCUCAGAAACCAUUCUGCGAAUCGUGGAUAAGAAAAACGAUGUAUUUUUGGAAUACUUGAAAAUAUACAAUUUCAAAGAGAUAUGCACCAUUUUCAACAUAAUUAAUAAGAGAAAGGAAGUAAAAGAAGACAAAAAAAUUGAUAAUAUAACAUUUAAUAUAUACAUUUUAAUAUCGCUAUUAUUGUUAUCUUCAAUACAUUUAAAUGAAAUACAGAAUUUUUUUUCCGUAAAAAAUAAUACAAAUAAAGGAAUAGUGAUACUAGGUUAUAUGUACGAUAGUGAAAACAUAAACAUUCAAAUAAUAUGUUGCAUAAUUUUGUCACUUUUAGUUAUUAAUGAUAAGAUAAAUGAUGAGGAAGUUAUUCAUAAAACAAAAAUGUCCAUUUUAUUAAUUCAGAAGGAGAUUCAGAAUCUAAAAAAUGUGGAUUAUCAGUUGAUUGAAAUUAUAUGUAGUAAGAAAAACAUAAAUUUGUUGAAUAAUGUAUUGGUUUUACUUUUGAAAGAAAAGAAUGUUGUGCGACAGUUAUAUUUAGAUGAAGAUGAUUUCUCAAAGGAUCAUUCUAAUUUUCAAAAAUUGGAUUUAGAAGAUAUUAACCCAUUGGAAAAGGACCUUUUCUAUGAACAAAAAAUAAAAUGUUCCGAUUUUUCAAACAAUGAUAUUAUUUUACAGUUCAUUUUAUUUAUUAUAAAUAUUGGAAUUAGUGAAUUUUUUCUGUUAAAAAGAAAUUACAAACACAAAAUGAGAACAAAGGUUCUUAAUUUGAAAUUGAAAAAGAAGUUAUUACAUGAGGAGAAACUUCGCAGGAAACGUAACAGAAAAAGGCAUGAUCUCCUCAUGCUGAAAAAUGAAAUUGAAGUAGGCACAAAAAAGGUAGAUGCUGAAAUAGGUUCUAAUAGAAUACAAAACAUAGAUGCAGCGGUGAGUGGUAAGGAUAAAAACAUACACCAAGAGGAAGAAAAGAAAAAAAAAAAAAAAAAAAAAACAGAGAAUACAAAAAAUGUGUACAAUUACAACAUUGCAAGUGUAGAUGAUAUUAGUGAAUAUAAAAGAGAAUGUAUGCCAUACGGUCAUCAUAGACAAAUGGAAUCAAAGCAAAAGAGAGGAAUGACAAAGUUUGGAUCCACAUGGGAUGGGGAGGAGGAUGGUUAUCACGAGAAAGAAAUUGAUGAAUUGGAUUACGAGGAAGAGAAACAAAACAUUAGAGUUGAGGGAUAUGACAAAAACAGCGUACCCCAGGGAGAGACGGAUGAAAUGGAUGACACAGACGAUGCAGAUGAUGCAGAUGAUACAGACGAUUCAGACGAUGCAGACGAUGCAGACGAUGCAGACGAUGCAGACGAUGCUGACGAUGCAGAUGAUACAGACAAUGCAGAGGACACAUACAGUGAAGACGUAGGCAAUCGAUUCGUGCAAGAACACGAGCAGGAGAAAGAGACAGUUGAACAGAGAUCGACGAAAAAGUGGGAAGAAGCAAACGACACAGCAUCCCUAGCUAGUUCAUGCAUUUCUUCUUUAUACUCAUUUUCAAGUGAUUAUGGUAGUACAUAUAGUGAGGAGGAAGGGGAGAAGAGCACCUGUGAUGUAGAUAAAAAGUGUAGGGGUGAUUCUGACAAGAAGGGCAGUGAUGAUCCUGAUAAGAAGGGAAGUGAUCGUGUUAAGAAGACGAACUUUAGAGAGAAGCGUCCAAGUCACAUCCAUCUAGACAUGAGUACUGUAAUGAACGUUACGUAUGAAGAUGAUUUCAGUGUAGAUUCUGGAAGUAUAAAAGAUGACAUUGAAUAUUUAGAAGGAGAGCACAGUAGAAAGUGUGAAUCAGGAAGAAGAAAUAAUAAUGAGUCGGUUAUAACCCCAAAUACAUCUAGAGAAUCAAGGAGGAAUAAGGAGAGUAAUGUGAUUCCAUCGACAAUGAGAGGAGGAGUUGGAGAAGGAGGAGUGGGUGGUUCUAUUAAAAUUAUUAAGGAAGAGAUAAAGGCACUAAGAGAUAGUCGAAAAAAAUUCGUAAGAAGAAUACGUAGAAUUAAUGAACAGAUAAUGUUAAUCCUUUGUAAUGAGAACAUGGUACAUAACAUAUUUAAGUGUUCCAAUUUGGAGAAUGAGAAGAUCCGUGUGUAUGCAUGCCUCAUUCUUUCCUACGUUCCGAAUCUGAAUGAGGUGUUGUCCAGAAGGAGAAUAAUUGGUGCUGCAGGAGCAGGAGCAGCAGUAGGAGCAGUAGUAUCAACAGCAGUAUCAACAGCAGUAUCAACAGCAGUAUCAGCAGCAGGAGUAACUGGGAGAGGAGGUUACCUGAACAUGAACAGUGAAGACGGCUUUGGAGGUAGUUCAAAUAACAGCUUCAAUCGUGAGAGAAGUGGAAACAUAUCGAUGGAACAACAACAACAACAACAACAACAACAACAACAAUCAAAUGAAUUAGGAAUGCAGGAAAAAGGAGGAGAAUAUAAUGUAGAGACAUUAUCGGUGAUAAGUCCAGAUAUCAUGCUAGCGAAGAAGAACAACAAGAAUUUUAUUUGUAGUGUGGAGGGAGAUUACUAUAAUUACAUAUAUCGAUUCGACAUUUUGAAUACAUUGAUGAGACAUGUUUUUAACGAGAAUUGCUUCUACAAUCACAUUUUGUUGCAUGUGAAAAAGUUUAUUGAGGAACACAGAUACAUUCUGAAUUUAAAGAACUUUAAAAUAAAAAAGAAUGAAUAUAUUAACACUCUUUCUUUUCAAGACAUAAGGAAAAACGUGGAUUCGGGUAGUGGAAGAAGCAUUGGUAGGAUGAAUAUGAAGAAGAAGAAGAAGAAGAAAAAAAAAAAAAAAAAAAUGGAAGGGGAAGAAAAUUUCAAUCCAGUUCAGAAGACUUGCAGCAAGAGUAGGAAAAUGAAGAACUCUGUUUUAAGUGACAAGAGCGAUAGUGGAGUGGAAAACAUGAAGUGGGGAAGUACCAAAUUGAAGGGAAAAAAAAGAGAGAGUGAUGAAGAGGUACGUCCUGGUGAAAAAAACUGCAGAAGUGCAAUCGUGAAGUAUGAAAGGAGCGAAGAUGAGAAGAUGUAUCAGUGUGUACCGUAUGAAGAAUCUAAAAUAUAUGACCACAUGAACUUUGUAUUUGAAUAUGUAAAGAAUUUGAGAAAGUUUGGACUUUUAAACAACUUAAUUAUAGAGAUGUAUAAGAAUAUAGGGAAUAAAGUAAAGAAGGUAGAUGUAGAGUUCAUUUUUGAGACGUUGAAAGGGAGAGUAAAGGAAAAAAGAGAGUUAAAGAAAAGCAUCCUUAGUCUUAAAGAAGAAUAUGAAUUCGUGAAUGUAACAUAUAAUGAAUACAUAAAUUUACAAUAUGAAUCAAACAAACAAAUGGAAAUUCUAAAUAAAUUAUUGGAUGAUUUAGAAGAAAUAGAAAAGAGAAGAAAAAAAACGGUUAAAAAUUACAAAAGUGUACAUACCAAUGUUUGUAAUUAUAGAAAAAAAUUAAUCCAUAUUGAAAAAAUGAUUGAAGAAAGCCCUUCAGUUAAGAAGUGUCUUUAUGAAGAAUUAAAUAAUAUAAAAUUAAAUAUAUCACUUUAUCAGAAAGACAAAAAAAAAAUAUAUUUUUUUAUUUUAAUCUACAAAUUUUAUUUAGAUGAUUUGAAUUCAAUUCAUAAUAAAUUAAAAUGUAUGAAUACAUCUAUUCAAAAUUUAGAAUUACUUUUUAAUGAAUUUGAGAAAAAUGGAAACCUCAUUGUUAGUGAACUAACAUAUCUAAUCGCCAAUGAUUUAAUUUUAAUUCAGUUGUUAAGUGAACAUAUUAACAUAACAGUUCAUAAUGAGAACUUUACGCAUCUACUUGCACGUGCUAAUUGUAUGAACAGCUUUAAUCAUACCGUUUGUAAUGAAAAAAAAUUGCUUAUUGUUAAUAAAAAUCGUAGAGAAAUAGUGGCAGAUACAAGAAACAUCUUCCACUUUUCUCAAUCAAAUGAUUACAUGAAUAAGAGUAACUAUCGUUACUAUGAUUCUCGAGAUGGAAACGUGUUCCAUUCGUCGACAAACCGAGUUGGGAAUGUCAAUUCGGCUAGCACUUUAGGAGCCAACAUGAGGACAGCAACACAAUUUAACAAUCGAUACAGUGAUAGUGAUGUCGAUAUGGAUCCUAAUAAGGAUCGCAAUAUGGAUCCUAAUAUGGAUCCUAAUAUGGAUUCAAAUAUGGAUUCUAAUAUGGAUCCUAAUAUAGAUCCCAAUAGUGACAUCGACAGUGACUUCAAUGUGGGUGACAGAAGUGGAAUGGACAGAGGUGCUUCUCGAAAAGGAAAGAAAAGUGACACACGUGUGAGAAGUGGAUUUAUGAACCAGCGUGGCGAUGGAAAUGAUCGAAAUGGUCGAAGUGAUGGAAGUGAUGUGAUGGGAUCUUCGCACAGUGGGUUCAACAACGCUAUUGGUCGUGAUCCACGUCAGCCUCGCCAUUUAGACCAAAGUAGUUAUCUCGACCGAGGGGACGAUGGAGACACUUGUGAUCAUUACAAUAACUAUCAUGAUUUGGAAAGAUUGAACUAUUUGGAUGCUGCACAAGGUGAGGAAGGAGAAGGAGAGUGCAUUGGUUCAGCUGACAUGAACAAGAGCCCGAAUGAAAGAAAUUUCUACCCAAAAGGAAUAAGCAACCAUCGCAUGGGUUCCAACAUUGGACGUUCUGAAAACAGAUUGGUGAGAGGAAUUUCAGACACCAUGUAUGGCCACAUGGAGAAGGAAAGAUGUCGAGAGGAAUACAUGAACGGUUAUACAAACGUGUAUGGUGGUGCAAACCCUUAUGGUGGUGCAAACCGGUAUGGUGAUACAAACCGGUAUGGUGAUACAAACCGGUAUGGUGAUACAAACCCAUAUGGUGAUACAAACCCGUAUGGCGAUACAAACCCGUAUGGUGAUACUGCAAAUGGUGGAAAUUCCAUGAUGAGCGAAACUCAGAAGAGACGUGGUGGGGAUGAGAAUGAUGAGGACGAAUUUGGUGACACCGAAUUUGUGUCGAGUGACGAGGAGGACUCAGAGUUGAAAAGAAAAAUAGAUGAAUAUAACAGUUUCAAGAACAAAGAUGUUAAAGAUAUCGAACCUGAGGAAAUAAAAAUAGAAAGUCACGCACUUACCAGAGAUGUUUUCGAAGAAGUGUUAGAAGUUCUUAAAUUGCGAAAAAAACAAAUCGAGAAAUUGAUUUAUCAGCAAAAUAGUAAUCAAAUAUACAAAAACAUACACAAAUACAAUUCCUUAGUGAACGAAUGCAACAUGCAGAUUCAGAUUCACAAAAAGCAAUAUGCCAAGGUGAAAGAGCAGAUAGGUUCCAUCGACACAAACACAAUGAUCAAAAAGUCCGAGGCCAUAUACAAGUCCAUUCGGGAAUGGGACGAGAAAGUGAACCUUCUGAAUGAAGAAGUGAAAGUGGUAGAUAACGAGAAGAAGGAGAAGCAAAAGGAAAUUGCACUGGAAAAGAAAAAAGUUGACAAGAAGGAAAAGGAAAAGAACAAAAAAAAGGAAGAGUUGCGAGCUCUUGUAACAGAAAUGUAUAAACAUAAUAAUCAAAUUAAAAAACGGUUUAAGAAGGAUCAGAAGAUCACUUUGUUAAUACUUUACAAUUCGUGGUUCAUGUUUCAUUACAUAUACAUUAUAUAUCUGAAUACACUAAAGUUGAAGAAUUACCUGUCGUACAAACGAAGCAUUAGUGAGGAGUUCCAAGCCUCUGCAAAGCAAACAAUCACGAAUAUAAGCAGUUUUACCGAGCUGAUUGAUGAGGUUGAGUACUGA